UAGUUGAGUUGAUCAAUAAAGAUUAAAGUAUAACUCUCUGUUACUGGCAGUCAGUUCUUUCAGCCAGUUGUGGGUUUUCAGAGCUUGUGUGCGUAUUUCUCCGUACAAGAUGAAGGUGUUUGUCCUACUUAUGUGUGUGUUUUCUCUUUGUUUGAGGAUACAGGCCGACCCCAGAUCGUACCUGAUCACAGCUCCUCUCUCACUGCGUCUGGACGCUGUGGAGACAGUGCUGCUGCAGUUGUUUGGUUUCACAGAGGAGGUGAGGUUAUACUUGUUCUUGAAGACCUCUAUGGCUCCAGAACAUGUGGUUCUGUUUCAAGACGUCGUGACCCUCAACGCCCAAAACAACCACCAGGCUGCCGCCAAAAUCCGGCUGCACCAAGGUAAGCUGGAAAAAACAGCGAGUCAUGUGAUUCUCCACGUCCAAUCAGCAGAGAUCAACCAGCACCUGUCCGUUCCUGUCAGCCGCUCCAACGGCUUCCUGUUCAUCCAGACCGACAAACCGCUAUACACCCCACACCAGAGUGUCAAGGUGAGGGCAUUUUCCUUGAACCAGGAGUUAAGGCCAGCCAAUCGUAGCGUCUUCUUGACCUUUAAGGACCCGGAUCAGUCCACAGUGGAUAUUGUGGAGAUGUUUGAUAUCAAUAAUGGAAUCCCGUCCAUGCAGAACCCCUUCAAGAUCCCCAUCAAACCAAAGUUGGGAAUUUGGACCAUUGAUGCCUCUUACUCUGAUGAUUUCACCACAACAGCCAGAACAGACUUUGAAGUGAAGGAAUAUGUUCUUCCCAGUUUCUCCAUCCUCAUGGAACCAGAAGUAAACUACAUCAGCUACGGACAAUUCACCAGUUUUAACUUCAAGGUGUCUGCCAGGUAUCUGCAUGGAGCUCCAGUGGCUGGUGGUGAGAUGUUUCUGCGUUAUGGCUAUGUAAGCGGGAAGAAUGCUCCUGUUAUCAUCCCCAGCUCUGUUUCCAGAGAGAGAUUGUCCUUGACAGGUGAGGUGGACGUGACUCUUAACAUGGAGAAGGUCUUGUUCAAACACAACGGACCAAAAGACCUCGACAAUCUGGUGGGGAAGUACCUCUACAUUACUGUCCUGCUGAAAGAGGAAACAGGUGGUAUCACUCAGGAAGCUGAGUUCUCUGGGGUAAAGUUUGUUAAAUCACCUUAUAGACUGAGUCUGGUGUCCACACCCCCCUUCAUCAAACCUGGACUUCCUUACAACAUCCAGGUGUUGGUGAAGGAUCACCUGGACAAACCGGUGAACCGGGUACAGGUUCAAAUGGUGGAGCGACAGCUGUUUAAACAGGGGGGAGAGAGUGAGGAGCUCUCCUGUCCUGGCAGCGCCCGCAGCCAAUCAGACGGCCUCGCUGUCUUCAUCUGUAACACACCAAGUGAAGCAACUAGAGCGGUACUUCAGUUUGAGACUGCAGACCCUGUCCUCCCAGCAGCUAGUCAGGCCAGUCUGAGACUGGAGCCGGCAGCCUAUCGCUCCCCAAACAGUCGUUACCUUUACAUCGACCCACCGCUUCCUGGCAAUGGCCUGGAGGUGGGACAAUUCACAAACAUCAAGGUGUACUCAGCCACGCCCUCCUAUGUACCAGUCAGAGCUCUCAGCUACCUGGUGAUCUCUAAAGGCAAUGUGGUGACAUUUGGCAGUCAGAAGUUUAUCUCCAGCAGCGAUAGCAAACAGAGUCUUAGUUUCGAGGUGACGUCCUCCAUGGUCCCGUCCAUCAGGCUGCUGAUCUACUACAUCCUGUUUGGAGAGGGGACGUCUGAGCUGGUGGCCGACUCCAUCUGGUUAGAUGUAAAAGACAAGUGUGUCAACGGACUCCAGACCGAUCUGUCAUUUGGUAGUCGUGACUUCAAACCAAAAGAUUAUCUCCAGCUGAACAUCCAGACCAAUCAGGACGGUCUGGUGGCUCUCUCUGCGAUAGACUCCGCCCUCUUCACCUUACGACCCAACUUUAGGGACCCUGUCUCCAUGGUUCUUCGUCACAUAGAGGAGAGCGACCAGGGCUGUGGAGGAGGCGGAGGCAUCGACAGCGCAGACGUCUUCAGAUUGGCCGGCCUCACGUUCAUCACCAACGCCAACGCCAGACCAUCAUCAAGCAAUGCUGUGUGCACUGCAGCUGUGCGACCAAAGCGAGCUCUGACUGAAGAGGAGAAGAUGACUAAAGCCAAGAGUUACGGCCCUCUGAAGAUAUGCUGUGAACAGGGGAUGAGGUACAUCCCAAAGAGUGUGACCUGCCAGCAGUUUGCUGAGCAGAAGAUACAGAAACACCCUCGCUGCAGACAGGUCUUCAGAUUCUGCUGUGAGUUCAUCCAGCAGCACUUGGACCAGGACCACGACCUCAUCCUCGGACGCAACGAAAUGGGUGCAAACUUUGACCAGGCUCCUUCUCUUGUGCGGAGCUUUUUCCCGGAGAGCUGGAUGUGGGAGGUGCAGCGCAUCAGUUCUGGCAGAUUUUCUGCCAUGAGGACUCUACCAGACACUCUAACCACCUGGGAGAUCAGGGCCAUUGGCAUGUUCAAGAACGGUAUGUGCGUUGCAAAGCCGGUCCAUGUGCCGGUCAGUCUGCCACUCAGUGUGAACGUCCCGCUGCCCUAUCAGGUGGUAAGAGGGGAACAACUGGACCUAAAAGGCUCCGUGUACAACCAGCAGGCUGAAAGCAUCGAGUACUGUGUGACACUGACGGCCGGCCCUGCGCUGUGCCUGCUGCAGUCACAGCCAGCUGCUGGAGGGGGAGGGCUACACUCGACGCCCUGCACUUGGAGCCCAUUGUCUGCAGGGGGUGUGGGGGCAGUGACCUUUACCGUGCUGGGCCUAGAGCCCGGAGAGCACACCCUGACCUUCACCCUGAAGACACGCAGAGGACAGAAAGACAUCCUGGAGAAGAAGCUACGAGUGGUGCCUGAAGGAUUGAGGAAAGAAACCUUUUCUGGAGGGAGACUGGACCCACAGGGAAUCUACGGCUCAGAGAAGAGAAAUGUGGAGCUGAAGAACAAAGUGCCCGCCAACAUAGUUCCCAACACAGCUGUGGAGAGGAUGCUAACCAUCAAUGGUGAGGUUCUCAGUGACAUCCUGUCCGUGGUAGACAGCCCUGAAGGACUCAGACAGCUCGUCAACCUGCCAGCAGGGUCGGCGGAGGCAGAGCUUGGUGGACUACUUCCCCUAGUCCAGGUGUAUAAUUACCUGGAGACAACAAGACGCUGGGAUGUCCUGGGAGCAGAUAUCCAGAAGAACUCUGCAGAUCUAAGACGGAAGAUCAGAGAGGGACUGGUCAGUAUCAGUUCAUUCCGAGGUGAAGAUUCCAGCUACAGCAUGUGGAUGAAGAGAGAACCCAGCACCUGGCUCACAGCUCAGGUGGUGAAGACCCUGUCUUUGGUGGACCCAGUGGUCUCAGUGGACCAUCAGUCUUUGUCAGACUCUGUGUCGUGGUUGAUCCGCAGCAGACAGCAGGCGGACGGAUCUUUCACCGACACGUCCUCCUUCAAACCAAACAAAAUCCUGGUUGAGGGGACAGAUGCCGUAGACAGAUCAGUGUAUCUGACUUCCUUCGUGCUGAUCGGGUUAAACCGAGCGACGAGGAUCCAAGACCCCAUUCUGCAGCUCCGAUUCCAUGAUGACAGCAUGAGCUCUGCUGCCAAUUACAUUUCCCAGCAUGCCUCAGAUGUGAAGAGUGUGUAUGUGCGUGCAGUGGCGACCUACGCACUGACCCUUCACGACCCCAACAGUUUGGCAGCAUCCUCCCUCCUGGGGAGUUUGGAGAACCUGGCCCGACAGAAAGGUAACCCUGCUGUGCUCAGGUACUGGCAGGAGUCCAGUGUGACAGCUGAUUGGCUGAAACCUGACCAAUCAAGCGGUCUUACGGUGGAGACGACAGCGUAUGUCCUGCUAACUGUACUGCUCAAGGGGAGAACCCUAUAUGCCAACCCCAUCCUUUCCUGGUUGACUCAGGAUCAGCACUACGGAGAGGGUUUCUACUCUACACAGGACACAGUCUUGACUCUGGAGGCGGUCACAGAGUACAGCAGAGUCAUCAGUCGAGCCGUCCUCAGUCAGCACAUCAACAUUCGCUUUAUCAGGACUGGUGAGCUGAGAAAAGUCGAGCUCAGCCAGAGUCGUCCUGUGGCCACGCCCAUCCAGGUCAAGAGGGAUGAAAUUAUCAAAGUGUCGACAGGUUUUGGGAGGGGCGUGUCCAACGUAAAGCUGAAGACAGUUUUCUACGAGACUACAGCGUCCUCAGAGAAAUGUAACUUUGACCUUACAAUAGAGGUGACAGGCCCAGGCACUUCUAACAAUCCCACUACAAGUGCCCCUCACCUGGUCGCCUGUGCAAAGUAUAAACCCCCUCCUAACGAGGUGUAUACAGAGUCCUCUCUGACAGUGAUGAAGAUUCAGCUACCGACAGGUGUGGAAGCGAACCUGGAGGACCUGAGACAGUUCAGAGAUACAGACGAGCCAGUCAUCUCACACUAUGAACUACAAGGAAAUACUGUGGUCAUUCAGUUGGAAGCUGUUCCCUCUGACAUUUUCCUGUGCGUCGGUUUCCGGAUCAGGAUUGGAUUCACUGUGAGGGGGGUCAGUGAGUCGCUUUUUAGCGUCUAUGAGCCUCAAGACAAAGGAACUAUGUGCACCAAACUAUUUUCCUACCAGGAGCAGAAGCUGCAGCGCCUCUGUGUGGCUGAACAGUGUCAGUGUAUGACAGCUGCGUGUGUUGCCUACAGAGCAAAGGUCGAUGCGACUUUGACAUUAGCCAAACGAAUUGAGGAAACCUGCCAGCCUCACAUCAAAUAUGCCUAUAGAGUUACUGUGACAUCUUCAGCAGCAGAAGGAGACUUUAUGACCUACACAGCCACCGUAGAUGAAGUUCUGAAAAACACUGAUAAAGAUUUUGAAGCGCUGAGUUCAGGUACAGCAGUGGACCUGGUUAAAAAGGUUACUUGCAGAGAUGCUGACAUCCAGAUAAACAAACAGUACCUUGUGAUGGGAGCCAGGGGAACAGAGGUCACACUAAACCAUGGCUUCAGGUAUCGUCUUGCUCUGGACUCAGAGGCACUGGUGGAGCUGUGGCCAACAGAGUGUAGUUCUCCUGAGUGCUCGGACUACAUUUCCAACCUGGAGGACCUUGCUCUGGAGCUGCAGUUAGCCAGCUGUCCUGAUUUAUAGAUGUUAAACUGAGAGGGAGUUAAUAUAGAAUUGUUCAUAUGACGAAGGAAAAAGUUGCACUUGUGAGGUGUUUUUAGCUCAGGAAAUGUCAGUUCAAAUGUCAUGUUUUGUCUUUUUCCAAACUGUGUGAUUAUUGCAUGGUCUGCCAAUAAAAUGGGUUCACUGUGUGGUCUCAGGAACCUGUUACAUUAUACCAAU